AAAACACGCUGAAUUUCAUGAAACUACGUAUAGUUUUUUAAAGCGGCGGUGACGCUAGUCGCAUCACAAUGUCAGCCGCAGCUGAAGCCCUGUCCACCAUACAAGUUGUCAACACAGCGUUACAAGUGAUUCAAACCUUGCAACUAACGGCUUGGAGAUUUCCACCACCAUGCCAACCUGAUGAAAUUCCAGAUGGCAGUUCGUUUGAUUUCAUCGUGGUGGGAGCCGGUUCAGCAGGCUGUGUCCUCGCCAACCGGCUAUCAGCUAACCCUGACGUCUCCGUUCUACUGAUAGAAACUGGAGAAGCAGCACCAUUGGAAUCGGAGGUAGCAGCACUAUUCCCCGUACUGGCAAGUUCUUCAUAUGACUUCAACUACACAGCAGUUGACGAUGGAUAUGCAGCACAGAAUCUUCAAGGCCAACAGGUUGGACUCACACAAGGAAAGAUGUUAGGAGGCAGCAGUGCCUUAAAUCAUUUAAUAUACGUCCAACCACACGCCGACGACCUAAACGAAUGGGCCAAGAUCCUCAAAGACCCUGCUUGGAACUACAAAAAUAUGCUACCAUACAUUAAAAGGCCAGAAAACUUAGUAGAUGAAGAAAUACUAGCUUCACCAUCUGCCAAACAACACGGUACUGACGGUCCAAUUAAAAUCACAAGAGAAAAAACCGAGAGUAAUCAAAAUAUUCUAUCAGCGUUUAAAGAACUUGGUCAUCGUAUACUAGAUGAUACGAGUGCACCAGAAUCAAGAUUAGCUUACUCUGAACCUUUUGUAAAUAUUGCUGAUAAUACCAGACAGAGCAGUGCUGUUACAUACCUAAAUCAAGCCAAAAAUCGACCUAAUCUUUGCGUUUUAACCCAAACGACUGCCAAUAAGAUCAUAAUAGAAAAUAAAGAAGCUACUGGUGUUGAAACUGUUAAUAACAAUGGUGUUAUCAAGACAUUUAAAGCAAAGAAAGAAGUUAUAGUUUCUGCAGGAGCCUUUAACAGUCCGAAACUGUUAAUGCUAUCUGGUGUUGGACCUAAAGACCACCUUCAAUCUCUAGGCAUAGAUGUAAUCGCUGAUUUGCCUGUAGGAGAAAUGUUGCAAGAUCAUUCUGAAUCAGUGCUACUUUAUCAGAUGGAAAAAGAUGAUGCUCCAACUCCAGCUGCCAAUCCCUAUAAAUUUCCUGCUCCAAUGACGAUUGGAUAUGUUGCCCUUGAUCCUACACAAAAACGACCUGAUUACCAAGCCAUCAACCUAGUCUUCCCACACGAAUCCGCUGGUUUGCUUCAAUUAUGUUCAAAUGUGUAUAAGUUUUCAAACUCUCUAUGCGAUACGUUUUACAAUGCUUCUGUAGGUAGGACUGUUAUAUGGUCUAUCAUAGAUCUAAUGAUACCUGAAUCUCGAGGCAAGGUUUUGCUAAAAAGCGCUGAUCCUACUGAAGAUCCUUUGGUAUAUUCUGGGAUAUUCAGUAACAGUGCUGAUUUGAAACUUAUGGCAGCAAGUUUGGCUGAUUUUAAUAAGGUUUUAGAAACUUCCUAUUAUAAGAGUGUUGAUGCAAAACUCGUUGAUACGGGUUUCUGUGAUGAUAGCUCUGAGGAUUAUUGGGAAUGUAUGGCGUUGUCUACGUCAUCUAGUUUAUGGCAUUUUGCUGGUACUUGUGGCAUGGGACCUGUGUUAGAUAGUAAGCUAAGAGUGAAGGGAGUAAAAUCACUCAGAGUAGUCGAUUCUUCGUCCAUGCCUACUCAAGUGAGUGCCAAUAUUUUGGCCACAGUUCUGAUUAUAGCUGAACGUGCGGCUGAUUUCAUUCUUGAUGCUUGGGAUAUUUGUCGUGAUCAUUGAGUUUUAGGAAAUUUAAUUAUGAUUGUCAAGGAAAACGAUUUAUGUAUUUUGUUUUGUAAUGUGCAAUUUCGUAUUAUGUCAAAACUAAAAAAUUAAUAAUAAUCGAUAGCCGGCCUAGUUUAUUUUAGUAAACGUUGCCCCACACUAGGACUCAAGCACACAAGCAGCACAAGUUUACAAACAACAAUUUAUGGAUUACGUUGCUUCGUGCGGGAAUCGAACCCACUACACGUUACACGGCCGCCAAUUGCCCAGCCAUUUGUGACAUUCACAUACUUGUGUGAAACAAACGAAUGCCAUCAAAAUAAUAAAAUAGAUACAUUCGUUUGCAAUAUUUUUAAUUAAACAUGACAUGUUUUUUGCUUUUACUAGUAAACAAUACUAUAGAAUUGGAAUAUAAAUUAAAAUUGUGGCUACAUAAUAUUAAUACGACAUUUUGUUAAUAAAUGAAUGUUACUGUUGUGAA